AUGGCUGAUCAGAAUGGAGACCGUCUUAGCGGAAUCGCAUUGGCGCAGACUUGUGAUGAACUACUAGAAAGCCUGUUGGAUCUUGAAGAGCCAAUACACGGAGACAUGAAGGAUGCUCGCACUCGAUUAAAAGCUCUGAGCGUGCUGCUGCGCAAAAUUGAGCCUCUGGAAGACCAGUCCUUUUUCCAAGCUGUCCUCGGAGAUUGCAGCGAGGCAAUGAAUCAGAUCUGCGCGACGAAGAACAAUCAACUCGCGUGUGAUACCGCCGACUUUACCCCUAGUCGUCAAGCUACUAUCGUUAAACAAAUAGAGGCCUUAGCUGAUGUUCAGAACAAUAUAUCCCUAGCUCUGAAUCUGAGUUUGAAGCAAGUCAUCUCCACAACCUACAAUUUUGCCCUAAAACUGACCGGAGUUCACAGCAACGAUGAACUUCAAGAUGCGAUUACCGUUGAAUCUAUAAAGCGAGGACUGGAUGCUAUUUCAGGCCACUUGAUAUCCGUUGCUGACGACAUACUGCCGGCCACUCCCUCAAGCUUUAAUAAAAAGACGUUCAAGUUGUGUGAAAUAAAACUUGCCAUCGACGGAUAUGCAACCGUAAAGGCUAAUGAUACCUACCUAGUAUUAUCUACAACCUAUCUUGUAGAACAGAUGCGUCCCGGCAAAGACCGUGCUUGGCAGAUGAUACUUUUCAAGCCGCGCAUCAAUGCCAUCGUGUCUGUAAUCAUCUCAGAAGUUCCAUCAACAUACACCUAUGAAAUUGAUAGCCUUGCCCAGAGCCUUGCUCAUCAAUUCUCAAAAGACUUGACCGCAAGCUCGAAAAACAAGGAGAUUGUAUUUGCCGAACAAUUAGUUCUUAGACUGCCGUGCAUCUCCCCUCCAGAGGCCUUUCUAAACACACUCCCAUGGCAAGUGGAGUUUAAAACAUCCAACGGCAUCAGUCCACUUGCUUGGCAACCCAAACGAGCACACAUGAAGCACUAUUCAGUGGCGACUGGUUUGCGAGACAGAAAAACCAAUGCAUCUCUUGAUUUUCUGCCAAGUUCUGAGUUUGAAAUAGAAAUACUUAAAGAGAGCAGUAAAGCUAGCAAUGAUGAUUUCAACAUACUUGGAGAUAUCUGCGACGAGAUUCUGAAUGCACGACAUGCUUACACAAAUUUUGGUAGAGCAUCCCCGACGCUAGAACAAAAGUCUAUCACAGAAGGAUCUCAGUAUCGGGAUGUCAGCAUAUCCGUCAUUUCUUCAAGCCCUAAUAACUCAAUUAAGAAUAAACUUCGCAUGGUAAUGAAAAGAAAUGGCUCAUCUAGCUCGGUGUGCCUAGACUUCGGGCUUGCCAUCCGAAAAAUUGCCCAGAGAGGUUUCCACGGAUCUCUGGAUCUUAUCAAGUUCUGGACUUACGACAACGAUGGUCUCAAUACUCCUGUUGUCCAGCAGACAAACUGGGAUGAGUUGGUUACGCGAGGCAAGAGUCGCCAGUUAUACCAGCUACGAGGCCUCAACGGGCCACAGGUUUUAAGCGAGAGAGAAGUUUCAUCUGAUCACUGGUUUGAGGAUAUUGAGAGGCUCGGUGAUGCUAUGAGAUCACCAGCUUUUGACAAGGGCACGUACAAGUUAGUCAAGGUCUGUGUUAUCGACACGGGCUUCAAGCCUAGUGUCAAAGGAUUCGAGAAGAUCAAAGCGUUUAAAGACUUUGCGGAACCAACUAAUACUAACCUGCGCGAUGGUACAUGGCAUGGUACAAUGUGUGCGAACAUUAUCAUGUCGAUUUAUGAGCAAUGCGAGUUAUAUGUUGCGAGAGUCUUCAUGUCUGACGACACAGAUGAUAAGACAGGGCCUGAAGCAAUGGCUCAGGCUAUUGAAUGGGCAAUAACACCUGACAUUGAUGUCGAUAUCAUCAGCAUCUCUGCUGGCUUUGUUGAUCACUCUCCCAGGCUACAGGAUGCCGUACAAAAGGCCAGCGCAGCCAAUACGCUUGUCUUCGCCGCGGCGUCUAACUGGGGUAAUUGGAAACCUGUAGCUUUUCCGGCCAGACAUAAUCUCUACACCAUCUGUAUCUUCUCCACCGACACGCAUAACCGACCAUCAAAGUUUAAUCCAGAACGACGACCAAACGCACACAAUUUUGCUAUCCUUGGUGAAGACUUCCAGCAUCCUGGCAUUGCAAACGAGCGAGUACAUGGCACCAGCACUGCCACAGCAGCGGCAGCAGGGCUUGCGGCACUCAUCAUCGACUUUACACGGCAGCAGGGUAACUACGAGGUUAUCACGAGGGCAGCCGACGUCAGUAAAAUGCUCGGAAUGAUCGCAGUCUUCAAUGCAAUGUCUGAGCGCGCAGGCGAGUUUAAGUGCAUCAUGCCGCUGAAACUGCUUCCGGCAAAAAACAAUGAUAUGGAUAACCAGGAGAUGAGAGCCUAUAUCAGGGAAAGUCUAUCGAGGGGGAUGGAUCAAGCCAACUGA